CUGCGGCGGCCGGCGCCGCCUGUCCGGGCGGGUCUGCGGGCGGCGGCGGCGCCGUGCAGUGCGCCGGGUCUCCGGGAGAUGGCUUCUCCGCGCUCGCCCGCGGCUCCCGCUAUUGUCUCGCCCGGGGUUGCCUGACUGCGGGCUCGCGCACGCUCCCGGCCGCGAGGACUUUCCCCUCCGAGCAGGUCCUUGCGCCCUGCCUGCGCCCCGCGGCCCCGGGACCCCGGGCCGGCGCUCGCCGCGUGGAGCCGGAGAGGGAGCGGCGCCGGAGGAGGCGUGCGCGGCUGCUCGCCCGGGUGCCGGUGCCGCCUGGAGCCGCGGAGCGAGCAGCCCUCGUCGCCGAGCACGCGACACGUCGGGUCCAGCAGGGAAGCCCGCGGGGAGCACAGGUGCCCAGACACCAUGCCACAACCCUGCAGACCUGACCUUGGCAGGAAGUAAAGGACUUCCUUGUCUCCUCUGUCCCCCAUCCUCACUAUGUCUUCGACUCAGGGAAAUGGAGAACACUGGAAGUCCCUGGAGUCGGUGGGCAUCAGCCGCAAAGAGCUGGCGAUGGCCGAAGCCCUGCAGAUGGAGUAUGAUGCUCUGUCCCGGCUCCGGCAUGACAAGGAGGAAAGCAGAGCCAAGCAGAACACAGACCCCUCUCUCAUCAGCUGGGAUGAGCCUGUCCUAGACUUCUACAGCAAGCCGGCAGGAAGGCGGAAGGACUUCAAGCUCUUACGCGGUCUUUCUGGCUCCGAUCCUACCCUCAAUUACAACUCAGUCUCCCCACAAGAACGGCCACCCAACCACUCUACCUCCCAGGGCUCCCAGCCUGGCCCAGAUCCCUGGCCUAAAGGCUCCCUGGCUGGAGACUAUCUCUACAUCUUUGAUGGUUCAGAUGGGGGGCUCUCUUUGUCCCCAGGACCUGGGGACGUAGAUGGCUCUUCCAAGAAACUGUCCCCACCUCCUCUGCCUCCCCGAGUGUCUAUCUGGGACAACCCUCCUCUGCCUCCCAGAAAGGGGUCCCCCUCAUCCUCCAAGAUCUUCCAGCCCAAUGACAUCAACACUUUGUCUUUGGUCGAACAACCUCCAGGCAAAUUGCUAGGGCAUCGGAUCUUAGAGGAGGAAGAGGAGCGGGGAGGUGGGGGUCCAGGGCCCCUACUGGCGUGUGUGGACUAUGAUGGUAUCAAUGACGCAAUUACACGGCUCAACUUGAAGUCAACCUACGAUGCAGAGAUGUUGCGGGACACCACCAGGGGCUGGAAGGAGGGCCGGGGGCCUCUGGACUUUGGCAAGGACACUCCUGGAAAACCCGUGGCCCGGAGCAAGACCAUGCCCCCUCAGGUGCCCCCCCGCACCUAUGCCUCCCGCUAUGCCAACCGAAAAAAUGCUACACCUGGCACGAACCACCGCAUUUCUGCUGCUCCGGUGGGCUCCCGGCCCCAUGCCGUCGCCAAUGGCCAUGAAUUGUUUGAGGUCUCAGAGGAGAGAGAUGAGGAAGUUGCUGCGUUUUGCCACAUGCUGGAUAUCCUCCGAUCUGGCUCUGAUGUCCAAGACUACUCCCUCACUGGAUAUGUCUGGAGUGCCGUCACUCCGAGCCCGGAGCAUCUUGGGGAUGAGGUCAACCUGAAGGUGACUGUGUUGUGUGACAGCCUGCGGGAGCCGCUCACUUUUACCUGCAACUGCUCCUCCACUGUCGACUUGCUCAUCUACCAGACCCUGUGCUACACCCAUGAUGAGCUGAGGGAUGUGGACGUGGGUGACUUUGUCCUGAAGCCCUGUGGGCUGGAGGAGUUCCUGCAGAACAAGCAUGCCCUGGGCAGCCAUGAGUACAUUCAAUACUGCCGCAAGUUUGACAUCGACAUUCGGCUACAGCUGAUGGAGCAGAAAGCUGUACGCAGUGACCUGGCCCGCACGGUGAAUGAUGACCAGAGCCCCUCCACCUUGAACUACCUCAUCCAUCUGCAAGAGAGGCCAGUCAAACAGACCAUCAGCAGGCAGGCCCUGAGUCUUCUGUUCGACACUUACCACAAUGAGGUGGAUGCCUUCCUGCUGACUGAUGGGGACUUCCCGCUGAAGGCUGACAGGGUGGUCCAGUCUGUCAAGGCCAUCUGCAACGCCCUGGCCGCGGUGGAAACUCCUGAGAUCACCAGUGCUCUCAACCAGCUGCCCCCCUGCCCCUCCCGCAUGCAGCCCAAGAUUCAGAAGGAUCCCACAGUCUUGGCUGUGAGGGAAAACCGAGAGAAGGUCGUGGAAGCCCUGACAGCUGCCAUCUUGGACCUGGUGGAGCUGUACUGCAACGCGUUCAACGCAGACUUCCAGACAGCAGUGCACGGGAGCCGCAAGCAUGACCUGGUCCAGGAGGCCUGCCAUUUCUCUGGGCCCCUGGCCUUCACUGUCUAUGCCACCCACCGCAUCCCCAUCACCUGGGCUACCAGCUAUGAAGAUUUCUACCUCUCCUGCUCCCUCAGCCACGGCGGCAAGGAGCUGUGCAGCCCCCUGCAGACCCGAAGGGCUCACUUCUCCAAGUACCUCUUCCACCUCAUCAUCUGGGACCAGCAGAUCUGCUUCCCCGUGCAGGUGAACCGGCUGCCUCGGGAGACCCUGCUGUGUGCCACUCUCUAUGCUCUGCCCAUCCCCCCAGCUGGCGGCUCCUCGGAGGCCAAUAAGCAGCGGCGGGUGCCUGAAGCCCUGGGCUGGGUCACUACCCCACUCUUCAACUUCAGGCAAGUCCUGACCUGUGGCCGAAAGCUUCUGGGCUUAUGGCCAGCAACACAGGAAAAUCCCAGUGCCCGUUGGAGUGCACCUAAUUUCCACCAGCCGGAUAGCGUCAUUCUGCAGAUUGACUUCCCCACCUCUGCCUUCGACAUCAAGUUCACCAGCCCCCCUGGAGACAAGUUCAGCCCCCGCUAUGAGUUUGGCAGCCUCCGGGAGGAAGACCAACGCGUGCUUAAAAACAUCAUGCAGAAGGAGUCCUUGUACUGGCUCACUGAUGCUGACAAGAAGCGCCUGUGGGAGAAGCGAUAUUAUUGCCACUCGGAGGUGAGCUCGCUCCCCUUGGUGCUCGCCAGCGCCCCCAGCUGGGAGUGGGCGUGCCUGCCCGACACCUAUGCUCUCCUGAAGCAGUGGACCCACAUGAACCACCAGGAUGCCCUGGGGCUCCUGCAUGCCACCUUCCCAGACCAGGAGGUGCGUCGCAUGGCUGUGCAGUGGAUUGGCUCGCUCUCGGACGCCGAGCUGCUCGACUACUUGCCCCAGCUCGUGCAGGCCCUGAAGUAUGAGUGCUACCUGGACAGCCCCCUCGUGCGCUUCCUCCUGAAACGCGCCGUCUCUGACUUGAGAGUGACUCACUACUUCUUCUGGUUGCUGAAGGAUGGCCUCAAGGACUCUCAGUUCAGCAUCCGCUACCAGUAUCUGCUGGCAGCCUUGUUGUGCUGCUGUGGCAAGGGGCUGAGAGAGGAGUUUAACCGCCAGUGCUGGCUCGUCAGCACCCUGGCCAAGCUGGCCCAGCAGGUCCGGGAGGCCACCCCGUCUGUACGGCAGGGCAUCCUCCGCUCGGGCCUGGAGGAGGUGAGGCAGUUCUUCACCCUCAACGGCUCCUGCCGCCUUCCGCUCAGCCCCAGUCUGCUGGUCAAGGGCAUCGUGCCCAGGGACUGUUCCUACUUCAACUCCAAUGCUGUCCCCCUCAAGCUCUCCUUCCAGAAUGUGGAUCCGCUGGGUGAGAACAUCCGUGUCAUCUUCAAGUGCGGGGAUGACCUUCGCCAGGACAUGCUAACCCUGCAGAUGAUUCGCAUCAUGAGCAAGAUCUGGGUCCAGGAGGGGCUGGACAUGCGCAUGGUCAUCUUCCGCUGCUUCUCCACUGGCCGGGGGAGAGGGAUGGUGGAGAUGAUCCCCAAUGCUGAGACCCUGCGCAAGAUCCAGGUGGAGCACGGGGUGACCGGCUCGUUCAAGGACCGGCCCCUGGCUGACUGGCUGCAGAAACACAACCCUGGGGAGGAGGAGUAUGAGAAGGCUGUGGAGAACUUCAUCUAUUCCUGUGCUGGCUGUUGCGUGGCCACAUACGUCUUGGGCAUCUGUGACCGACACAACGACAACAUCAUGCUGAAGACCACCGGCCACAUGUUCCACAUAGAUUUUGGCCGCUUCCUGGGUCACGCCCAGAUGUUUGGCAACAUCAAGCGGGACCGUGCCCCCUUUGUCUUCACCUCGGACAUGGCGUAUGUCAUCAACGGGGGUGACAAGCCUUCCAGCCGCUUCCAUGAUUUUGUUGACCUUUGCUGCCAAGCCUACAACCUCAUUCGCAAGCACACCCACCUCUUCCUCAACCUUCUGGGCCUGAUGUUGUCCUGUGGGAUCCCUGAGCUCUCAGACCUGGAGGACCUCAAAUAUGUGUAUGAUGCCCUGAGGCCUCAGGACACAGAGGCCAAUGCCACUACCUACUUCACUAGGUUGAUUGAGUCCAGCCUGGGCAGUGUGGCCACAAAGCUCAAUUUUUUCAUCCAUAACCUGGCCCAGAUGAAAUUCACAGGCUCAGAUGACCGACUGGCCCUUUCCUUUGCUCCCCGAACAUAUACUGUCAAGAGCUCCGGCCGCAUCAGUGAUGUUUUUCUCUGCCGCCACGAGAAGAUCUUUUACCCCAACAAGGGCUACGUUUACGUGGUAAAGGUGAUGCGAGAGAAUGCUCAUGAGGCCACUUACAUCCAGCGGACAUUCGAGGAGUUCCAGGAGUUACACAAUAAGCUGCGGCUGCUCUUCCCUUCUUCCUUCUUGCCCAGCUUCCCCAGCCGCUUUGUGAUUGGGCGCUCCCGGGGAGAGGCGGUGGCUGAGCGUCGGAGGGAGGAGUUAAACGGCUACAUCUGGCACUUGAUCCACGCAGCCCCUGAGGUGGCGGAGUGUGAUUUGGUGUGCACCUUCUUCCACCCGCUGCCCCGCGAUGAGAAGGCUGCGGGCACCAGCCCAGCUCCCAAGUCCUCAGAUGGCUCAUGGGCGCGGCCCAUCGGGAAGGUAGGAGGGGAGGUGAAGCUGUCAAUCUCCUACAAAAACAAUAAACUUUUCAUCAUGGUGAUGCAUAUUCGGGGCUUGCAGCUGCUCCAGGACGGGAAUGACCCUGACCCCUAUGUGAAGAUUUAUCUCCUUCCUGACCCUCAGAAAACCACUAAGAAGAAAACCAAAGUGGCCCGGAAAACCUGCAACCCCACCUACAAUGAGAUGCUGGUGUAUGAUGGGAUCCCCAAGGGAGACCUGCAGCAGCGGGAGCUCCAGCUGAGUGUGCUGAGUGAGCAGGGACUCUGGGAGAACGUUCUCCUCGGGGAGGUGCGCAUCCGCCUGCGAGAGCUGGACCUGGCCCAGGAGAAGGCUGGCUGGUUUGCACUGGGAUCCCGGAGUCAGGAGACCUCGUGAGCCCAACCUGGGACCCCAGGCUGCUGGGGGAGCUGGGGGAGAAGCAGCUCCCUGCCUUGUGGAGGGGUGGGCCCUCGGCGGGCCUCCCUGCAGUCCGGUGGACCGGCCUGCGUGCUAGGAGUCAGGGAGGGUCCCUGCGCUCUGCCGUCCCCUCCCCUGCAGACGGAACUGGGGCUGGUUGUGAUGAGCAGCCCUUGGGGGCUGUGAGGUUGCAGCGAAGUUUUAAGUUUACCUUGUGUCAAGGGAGCAAUGCCUGCUUUGGGGGUGUGGGGUGGGCUGGGUGAAGUAGCAUUUGGAGGGGGGUGGAUAUCUUUAUUUUUAUUUUUAAAAAUGCAAUAGUAACGUUGUCCUAACUGGACAGGAAGCCUUGUGAGAAGGGACGUACAUCUAUGCCUCAGCAGGCAGAAGAGGAAGACUUUGGAAUUUUGUAUGAUUAAGGUUCUUAUUGGACUUUUCACUAGAUUUUUGUUUUUCUUCUGUCUAUAGGAAUUAUUUGAGGAGGGGCCCAGUGGGUCCUCGCUUAGAGCCCUCCCUCUCUCAGGGCAGGUCGGGGAGGGACGGUGGGUUGUGUGUGCUGGACGAGGCCUUCACUGCCAGGCCUUUCUGAUUUUGCCUCCAAAGGAGAGCGAUGUGAUACCUAGUGUGUGAGGAAGGGCCUUCUAUGGGGGCUUCUGCAGAGGACGAGGAUUCAGGGACGCGAGCUCUCAGGGGAGUCUCCUCUCGUCUCCCCUACUUAGCUAGGACUCGCCCUGAAUACUAUCUUCUACCCUCUGUUCUCUCGGCCCUUCUGGGGACCAUCUGGUCCCUGUGAAUAUGCUGGGGGUGCUUCCCCCAUAGGUCUCUGCCUUCUUUUCUCUGGUGGGGAUAAAAUGCUGCCUCAGCCCUUAGAUUUCCUUCGCCCGAAGGCACCUUGGUCCUGGGAGGGCCUCUAGGCUGCAGGUGCUAUGUGGCCCCGUCACCCACCACGCCACUCCUCUCUUUUGUGCUGCUUCUUUCCCAAACUCCACUUCUGUCACAUUUUUUAUAAGAAUUUCCCUCAUUCUAUGGGGCCAUAAACCUAUUUAGUCUGGAGCCAAAGGGAUGCCCUAACUGAAGGGAAGGUUGCAUGGGCUGGGGGAUCUGCCCAAACCGUUUUUCCCAUGAUUCUCUUUGGUGGCGAGGAGCCUGGAUCAGAGGUGCAGAUCCUCUGGCGCUGAGCGGGAGGGAGAGCCUGGGUCUCUUGCUCUUACCGUCUUCAUUCCCUCCCAGAUGGAUCUGAAAGCACUCUCGUGCUUUACUCCAAAGGCUUGCCUUUGACAAAAGAGGGAGACCUUGAAUGUGACGUUAACUUUUUAAACCAGAAUUGGCCGAUGUCCCCCAUGGUUGGGGAACGGAGUUCAACAGGGAUGCCCUGUGAAUCGUCCCUCACUAGCUUCCUCCUCAGCUCCAGGGAUCAGAAAUUCCCCCUUUUGCUGAUUCAUUCCAUAACUGGAGAAGGAAGCUCCGUUCACUGAAGCCACAGGGCAGCAAGGAAGUUUAAACUUUUCUUUUAAGUUAAAAAUGUCUAGGAUACAGCUGGCAGCUGGGGGGAGGGGCUGGAGGGUGGGGAGAGGGGUGGAAUUUCUCCAGGUGAAUGGACCAUACCUGCGUUACUGGCUUGUUGCCUGUAGCUCAUUUUAUUUUGACCCUCUGUGCCCUGAUUAAAGAGGUAUGUGUACUGUACCCACUUCCCAGACGUUCUUGUAUCUCCCACUUUCUCUAGAAUUGUAUUUUCUAAUAAAUGACAUUUGAGAAAAACAA